AUGGCGAUGCUCGCAGCAAAGUCGCCAUACCUGCCGAAUCUCGGCGGGCAGGCGCCGGGUGGCCUUGUGUCAGGUCUGCCAACACCGUCCGCAGUUUACGCUCCUACCCGGCGAGUUUUGAUCGCACCAGCUACCACAAGCCAGUCUUUUGCCAGCCCAACAGACUCGGAGUUCUCUGACUCGGACGCACCUGACUCCGUCAAGAACUGGGACGAGGACCGUGUGUGCGAAUACCUCCGCAGUGUCAAGUGCGGCGACUACGAGAAGAUGUUCCGGAAAAAUCACAUUAACGGCGAGAACCUCCUCGAGAUGGACAAGGAGGUUCUUAAGGAAAUGGGCAUUGAGAAGGUUGGCGAUCGCGUCCGCCUCUUCCUCAGCAUCAAGAAGCUGCGGACAAAGGCAUAUGCAAACCAGAAGAAACGGAAUAGGGAAUCAUUUGGCGGCUUGGACAUCCAAUAUGUCCCGUCAUCGGGCUCCCCCAGCCUUGGAAACUCUGGCCGCCCUGCGGUCCCCACACCGACCGCCAACAAGCGCUACUCCCGCCAGAUCGACCUCUCCUCCAUGGCUCUCGAAGGCAUCGGUGCCAAGUCCUCGCGUCCAAACUCCCCUCCGUCAAGUGCCGAGCAACUGCGCACCGCGCGCCCAGGCAGAUAUCCGACCCCAAACCAGGCAUAUUCUGGCCAGGCGACGGCUACAGCCUCCUCCGGUCGUCUGGUAGUGGCCCACACCCGCAACAACUCUAGCAUGGACGGUUCUCUGAUGGCUGCUCUACCACAGAACCAAGACGUGAUCCGCGUGAUCUCGACCGGUGGCGUUACCAAAGUCGUCAAGAUUGCCGAUUGUAAAACCUGUGAAGAAGUCAUGCGCGUGACCUUGCGGAAGUUUGCCCUCCGUGAAGAUCACGAACGCAACUACUGCUUCUGGGUCUUGAACGGCGUCGACCCGAACCCCCACCAAUGCAUACGCCUUAGCGAUACUGAGCUGUGGCGCAUCAUUAAGGACCAGACGCGCCCCGAAAGAAACCGCCUUAUCCUCCGCCGAGUCCCCUCUGGCGAACCGGGUCGUUCCGAGCUGGAGAGAGCCUCAGCUAUUGCUAUGGAAGAGAUGCAACAAAACCAUGGCCACAGUCUGCCUACAGUAGAAAAGCGAAGCCAGCUUAAGGUGCAGAAGGUGCUCGGUGAGAGCUGGGACAACUUACAGCAUCAGCAGCCACCCCUGUCGCCUGUCACGUAUCAGGAUGACCGUGAGCGCAAUGUGAACAACGCUGCUCGCGAUCUUGAACGUCCGGCGCCCGUCGAGACGCUCCGUCCGCCAAUCCGCAGAAAGGGUGUUUUAAGACAAUUCGGUGGUCUUCGCCCUCCUAGCGAGCUCAUUGCCUCAGAUUUGACUACUUACUUCCCAGACCACCCGCGCGAAGACAUUGACCGCACAGCACGCUUGUCUAUGAGACGCUCAGCCCGCCUAAGCAAGGUUAAUAGCCGCCUUAGUGUGGCCAGCAACCUCAGCUUCGCCUCCAGCAUCCAGGAUGCGCCUCCCAUCCCGACCAUUGCAGACAGCUGGCUGAACACCUCUGGCCAAUUGGCCAAAGUCCAGCAGCGGGAUCAGCGCAGUAUUCGUGCGCCCCAUGCUUACCGUGACUCUAUUGCCUCGUCCAUGCUGGACACACUCCAGGAGGAGCAGACGUCGAUGGAGCCCAACCGCAAGUCGUACGUUUCGUAUGCUGACAGCGGCUCCGACACUGCCGCUGUCAGCAUUACAGAUCCUGAUGGCAACCUUGUCCGCCACAGCUUUUAUGACGAGACGACCACGACCGGCUCUGGCUCUAGCUCUCUCAAGGAGGUGAGCCAAGCUCUGGAUGCUGACGGUGAGGGCGCAGACGAGGAGCUGCAGAGCUUCCUUGCCGGCGAGUCUUGGGAUGAGAGCAAGUGGAUGAAGGGUGCGCUCAUUGGUUCUGGUUCGUUUGGUUGCGUGUACCUCGCCCUGCACGCCGUUACAGGUGAGCUGCUGGCUGUCAAGCAAGUCGAGGCGCCAGCACCUGGCGCCAACGGCCAGAUUGACUCUCGCAAGAAGAGCAUGAUUGAGGCACUGAAGCGCGAGAUCAGCCUCCUGCGUGACCUCCGCCAUCCCAACAUUGUGCAGUACCUCGGCUGCGGCUCUUCGACCGAUUUCCUUAACAUUUUCCUCGAGUAUGUUCCCGGCGGUUCUGUGCAGACGAUGCUUAACUCGUACGGCGCGCUUCCCGAGCCGCUCGUCCGCAGCUUUGUCCGCCAGAUCCUUCACGGCCUGUCGUACCUGCAUCAACGCGAUAUCAUUCACCGUGACAUCAAGGGUGCCAACAUAUUGGUUGACAACAAGGGCACGAUUAAGAUUUCCGAUUUCGGUAUCUCGAAGAAGCUCGAGGCCACGAACAUUCUCAAUGGUGCGAACAAUAGCAAGAACCGGCCAUCCAUGCAGGGCUCCGUGUUCUGGAUGGCGCCUGAGGUGGUCAAGCGCACGAGCUACACGCGCAAGGCUGACAUCUGGUCGCUUGGCUGCCUGGUCGUUGAGAUGAUGACGGGUACACACCCGUUCCCCGACUGCACGCAAUUGCAAGCUAUCUUCAAGAUUGGCGGCAGCAAGGCGGCGCCGACGAUCCCCGAGGGCGCCAGCGAGGAGGCCAAGCUGUUCUUGAGCCAAACGUUUGAGAUGGAUCACAAUAAACGGCCCAGUGCAGACGAACUACUAGCCAGCCCGUUCUUGACUCCCAUCACAUAA